AUUGCGCUCCCUACUACGCUACCUAUUUGGUGAUUUUGAUUUUUAAGGUGUUGAUGCUACUUACUGGGAGGCUACCGAUGGUCAAGAACUGCCAGGCAAAUUUGUUUAUGAAGUUCUUCCCGGAUAUCUUGAUCCAUUCCAUAAAAGGCCCAUAAAAGCUGGUGAAAUCGGAUGUUUUCUGAGUCAUUACAGAAUCUGGCAAGAUGUAAUCAAAAACAGCUUUUCACGAGUGAUUGUGUUCGAAGAUGAUCUGCGAUUUUCUGACGAUGGUUUGGAACGAAUCAAAGAAGUUCUCGAAGACCUUGAUGGCUCGAAAAUGGAAUGGGAUUUGAUCUACUUAGGAAGGAAGAAGCAAGCUGAUCAGGAAGAAUUGUGGGUACCUGAACAUCGACAUUUGAGUACGGUUGGGUAUUCUUAUUGGACACUCGGUUACAUCCUCUCGAAAAGUGGCGCUCAAAAAUUGUUGGAUGCGAAGCCUUUGGAAGCGCUAUUACCAGUUGAUGAGUAUUUGCCAAUCAUGUUUGACAAGCAUCCAAAUAAGGUAUGGUCUUCUUAUUUUCCCAAACGAAACCUAAGAGCAUUCACACUCUAUCCGUUGACUGUAUUCCCGCAACGAUAUACGCAUGAGGAAGGUUAUGUUAGCGACACUGAGGAUUCGCCAAUAGUUGCUGGAGAAGUCGACACUAGAAGUCAGAAAGAUCUCGCUGAUGAAGUCGACAAUAAAGGUUUGAAGGAGGAUGUAGCUGUAGUCAAGCCCAAGAAUCCGAAGAAAGACGAGCUCUGACU